AUGCGGUCAAUAAGUGUGGAGGAGAUAUCACGGCACAGCUCGCUAAAAGACCUCUGGGUUGUCAUUGAUGAUGUAGUCUACGAUCUUAGCAAAUUUGCGCUAGAACAUCCCGGUGGGAUCGCCGUACUCUUGAACUACGCCGGAUGCGAUGCAACUAUCGCCUACUCCGAGGUCCACUCACCAUCGUUGAUCAAGACCUCGUUGCCAGCAUCAUCUCGCAUUGGCGUCCUGGAUCAAGCCACUGUUACUGAGCAAUGGGCUAAACCACCACCACGGGCCCGCGGCCCACCACAAAAAGCUUUAGAGAAGCCGCCUCUAGAUAGUCUAAUCAACGCUAAGGAUUUCGAGGUCGCGGCUGAGACUAGUUUUACUCCUAAAGCAUGGGCUUUCGUGUCGUCAGCCGCAACAGACUGUCUGACGAAAGAGCGCAAUGCAUCUGUGUAUAGGGAUAUAGUACUGCGGCCGCGGGUACUAAGGAAUGUUAGAGACGUCAAUAUAAGUACGACUAUUCUAGGUAAUCACGUUACUGCGCCUAUAUUCUGCGCCCCAACAUCUAUGGGCCGUAUCUUCCAUCCACAAGGAGAGCGUGAGCUAGGUCGGGGGUGUCAGCGCUUAGGUAUUCCGCAGUGUGUAUCGACGAGUUGUUCAUUCCCGUUACCCGAGGUUAUGGAUGCAGUUGAGGAGGAAUCUUUGUCCCAGGGGGAGGGGACCAAUGGAACCGUCCCAGUCUUCUUCCAAUUGUAUGUUGAUAAGGACCGCCAAAAAUCGGAAGCUUUAUUACGUAUGGUACGUGACCGCGGUGUUAAGGGUAUCUUUCUGACAGUUGACGCACCGGUCAUUGGAAAGAGAGAGGCAGAUGAACGAGUUAAAUCAGAUGAGAACUUACGGGCUCCGAUGUCUGGCGCGCAGGCUAGGAAUGAUGCCAAAGGAGGAGCAUUGGGAAGACUUAUGGGUGGCUUCAUAGACGCAUCACUUACGUGGGAAGAUGUAUCAUGGGUUCGGCAGCAUGCCCCUGGCCUACCAAUCGCACUGAAAGGGAUCCAGACAGCAGCAGAUGCAGUGAAGGCUAUGGAAGCAGGUGUUGAUGCUAUAUAUAUCUCCAAUCAUGGCGGGCGGAGUUUAGAUACAUCUCCUGCUACGAUACUUGUCCUUCUUGAAAUUCAGAAGUGUUGUCCGCAGGUAUUUGAUAAGAUGGAAGUAUAUGUCGAUGGUGGUAUCACUAGGGGUACAGAUAUCUUCAAGGCUUUGUGUCUAGGUGCUAAGGCUGUUGGGGUUGGGCGGGGGUUCCUAUUCUCGUUGAAUUAUGGGAAGGAGGGUAUUGAGAAGUUUGUUAGUAUUCUUGUUGAUGAAUUGGUAACGACUAUGCAAAUGUGUGGCAUUACUAGUCUUGACCAAGUCCAUCCCGGGCUACUACAUACAGGGGCUGUUGACCAUCUUGUUCCUGGGUCUGAAGAACAUCCAUAUGCCAGGUGGAAGCCAAGGUUGCGAAGUAGCAAACUAUGA